GUUGCUGGGUUCCCCGCGGCUUUGCGGGCGGUUGCCAUGGAAUAUGGGCCCUUGGUGCGGCCAAAGAGCUGGACUUUCCGAUGCCGUCCCAGCGUCCGUGAUGUCUCGGGCUUCCUCACCCGGCGGAACUUGCGGCGCUGCCUGGGCCUCUUCAUCCUGGUGAUAGUCUUCACCCGGAUCGCGCACCUGCACCAGACAGCGUACUGCGCGGCCUUCCAGACCUGGCGGGCCCAGUACGCUUUCCCGGACCUCGAGGAGGACACUUGCGAAGACCCCGACGGCACAAGCUCGGACGGAUACCUGGAGGCGCUGAUGCUCCCUCCGCGGAAGCGUAUGGACUUCCUGAUCUUCGUGAUCAUGUCCGGGAGUUUGAUCUACCUGGUGGAGUGGCAGGACACUUCCGUCAAGGUGCCGAAAAGCUCGGCAACCGCGUUGGAGCUGGAGGAAAGAGAGGAGAGCCGCGCGGUGCGGAAAUUGCAAGCCAUGUACUUCGACCGCUUCUGCGGCAUGCGCCCGGGCGCCAGCCGCUUGGAGCUGGAGCUGCCGGAGCUGGAGGGCUCAACCGGGGAUGAGGCUUCCACGCCGCAGGUCUCCGAGGCGCAGCCGAAGCGUCUGCUGCUGCUGCACGCGUCGCCCUUCUGCUGGCUGACCAGGGGCCCUUGCGGGGAGUGCAUGCGAGUGCCCCUCCGGCGCCUCAGGAUCUCCCAAGAGCUGGCGGCGGUGGAGAAGGCCUUGUCGGGGAAGCUCCGUGUGGACGUGGACGUGGCCUCCAUCCACAACCUCCGGAAGGCCAAGACCAAGGCUAAGACGGAGGAUCUCUGGCUGCAUUUGUCGGCUCACACUGAAAAUGGGAACGCCUUAGUCUUGGAGGAUGGCUGUGGUGGAACCGAGGCCUUGUCGCUUGAAGCGCUGGUGAGAUUACUUCGGUCUGGAGGUGAGCCUCAAAGAGGGUCCUUCGUCUUCCUGUCCAACUGCCAAUCCCAGUCGCUUGCGGCCGCCUUCUACGCGGCCGGGGUGCGGCACAUCGUGUACACCAAGCGGCCAGUGACCGACGCCAUGGCCUCCCGCUUCGCCAGCGGCCUGUAUCUCCACCUGGCCUGCGGCUUCUCUUUGAAGGAGGCCUUUCAGAUUGCGCGCGCGGAGGUGGACCCGAUCCAGGAGGGCGACUCGGGGUUUCGCCUCUUGGCCGCGGAAGACGUGCGGCUCCGCGAGUGCACCUCCGCGUGCAAGUGGAAAGCCGCCCUCCGCUCGCCGGCCUUUCCGCUGCCCAGCCAGGUGGAGGACUUUGUUGGCCGCGAAGAGAUCCUGUACGAUAUCCUGCAGCUGCUGUCGCAACGGCGGGUGGUGGUUUUGCACUGCCAGCGGUCCCUGGGCCGAACCGCGCUGCUGCUGGAGAUCGCUCACUACAUGUCAGUCCCCGGGCGGCGCUUCGCCCAGCGCUGCAUCUUCGGACAAGCGCAGGAGGUAAAAGAUGGCCUUCUGAUCUUGGAUGAUGCGGACGCCGCCCUGACUAAGCAUCAGGACUUGCUGCGGAAGAAUUUGGAGUGCCCAGAUUUCUUCCUGCUGGUCGGGUGCCGGUACCCUCAUUGGGACCUCUUUCAGGACCAGGUGAAGCCGGUGCAUGUGGAGCUCCCACCAUUGAGCGCCCUGGCCUCUGCCACGCUCUUCGCGCAGCGGUGCCAUCGCCCGCUCACGCUGCAGGAUGUGCUGCCCGGAGGAGCUGCUUCCCCAUCGCCUGCCACGCGGGCUUUGUCGCGUGAGCGGGCGCGACAGCUGCUGAGACCCCUGGUCUCGGUGUUCCAAGGCAACCCCGCGCUGAUCCGACAGGCCACACGUCGACAGCCGGUGAGCCACCGAGCGGGUCUUCUCGCACAGCUUCCCGACCCAUUCGCGUUCUUCUUGCUGGAGUUCUUCCCGGCACCUUUGGAUUUUCUUCCAUUGCCACCAGGACGGAUGCCUUCAGCAGGGUGGCGAUCGAGGUCUUCCUUCACAAGGCGAGCCUGGCGCACGAACACCAAGUUCGCUCCCAGGCGCUGCUAGACCCAGGCUCAAUGGCGGGCUUCGACUGCAGA